AUGAAUUGUCCGAGGUUCGAUGAAACGCUGCGGAACGCCAGCUGUCGGGCGGUCAGUGGGAGCAUCCCGCGCCGUACGAUUCGCGCAGGCGACGGUCGCGACUUGGCCAAUGAUGGCAGUUGCCAGUCACAGUUGAACGUGGAGGUCUUUCGUGAUACGCCGCCCAUCGUUUUGGUGAAGGGUUUUGCCACAGUUGAGGAUUGUGAGAAGUUGUUGAAUCAGGUUGAUGGUUUACCGAGCGCACCGGCCAAAGCAUCGGGCGCUGCUGAAGGCUUCAUUCGGAGGUCAAGUAGCAAGAAUUUGGACUGGGAGAUGCUUCACCCUACAGAUGACUUGCGGGUCUUCAAGUCCCGGAUGUUUGCACUGACGCGCAACUUGACGGGCUACCCAAUUCCGUCAGAAGCGUCGGAAGCCUUGAACAUUGCCGCCUAUGGCAUCGGUGAUGAAUACCGCGCGCAUUGCGAUGGUCGCUGCGGUGGUAGCGCACUGGACCGGCACGGUGAACGAGUGGCCACCAGCAUCGUUUACUGCGAAGUGGCGGCUCUUGGUGGACAUACCACAUUCACCUCUCAGCAUCUCAAGGUGGUGCCUCAGCAAGGUGACAUGUUGGUCUUUGGAUACUUGGAGGACGGUCGCUUGUCGCGGGAGGUAGAACACAGCGCGUGUCCCGUGGUCGCGGGUCGCAAGUGGAUUGCCACCCAGUGGUACCGGAGCCAUGGCGAGAAGUUGCAACCGCAACGCGUGCUGGCAAAGCCAUCAGAUGAGGAAGUGUGGAAAUAUCCACGCACGUUGGCAUAUGAUGCUGAUGCAUGGGAGGCUCGCUUUGGCAGUCGUCAAGUUUCCACCGAGAGUGGAGGGCCAGCUGCAAGGACCAAUGAUACAGCUCUGAUGCCGAACGAGCUCUCUAGUGUUUCCCAUGAGUCGACUUGCAAGAACUGA